CCAAUGGCUGACAACAGCGUUCCAAGCUUCAAGGCAAGUGACCUGGUGAUCCAGCUGUCCUCUACUCUAAAGGCCAAAUCAGAUGUGUUUACCUUUGGGACGGUCUUUACCGACCACAUGCUCACCAUAGAGUGGAGUGCAACUGAGGGUUGGCAGGCUCCACUCAUCCAGCCAUUUGGGAACCUGUCACUUAACCCGGCCUGUUCAUCACUACACUAUGGCAUACAGCUGUUUGAAGGGUUGAAGGCGUACCGUGGGGAUGACAACAGACUGCGUCUCUUCAGACCGAUGCUCAACAUGAACCGCAUGGCCAACUCUGCCAAGAGAGCUUGUCUACCUGCCUUUGAUCAGUCAGAGUUGCUGGAGUGCAUCAGGAGGCUUGUAGAGAUUGACCAGGACUGGGUUCCUCAGUCAGACUCAGCCAGCGUGUACAUCAGACCGACAUUUAUCAGCACAGAGCCAACUCUGGGUGUAAAGAAGCCUGCCCAAGCCUUGCUGUAUGUGAUAUUGUGUCCAGUGGGAGCUUACUUCAACACCGGUGGAAAAGGCCUUUCCUUAUGGGCCGACCCAAAGUACACACGGGCCUGGAAAGGAGGAACCGGAGACUGCAAGAUGGGAGGGAACUACGGAUGCUCUCUGUCUGCCCAGUAUGAUGCAGUGGAUUAUGGGUGUCAGCAGGUGCUGUGGCUCUACGGAGAGGACCACCAGAUCACGGAGGCAGGAACCAUGAACAUCUUCCUGCACUGGAUCAAUGAGGAUGGAGAUGAGGAGCUUGCAACACCACCUCUUGAUGGCAUCAUCCUCCCAGGUGUUACCCGGCAGAGCAUCCUGGAAAUAACCAGAGAAUGGGAUGAGUUUAAGGUGACAGAGCGUUACCUGACCAUGAGCCAGCUGUGCUGUGCUCUGAAGCAGCAGCGGGUCAAAGAGCUGUUUGGCUCCGGCACUGCCUGUAUGAUCUGCCCCAUUGAAGACAUUGUCUACCAGGGAGAGAACUUGCACAUACCCUGUCAGGAAGAAAAUUCACAGCUGACUUCACGGAUAGCAAAGGAACUCACAGAUAUACAGUAUGGCCGCACACCCAGCGACUGGACCUUCCUGGUGUAG